CCAUGUCUGAAAACGCUACAGUCAAUCCAAUCCACAUGGGGAUCGCGGAUUACGUCACUCUGGGAAUAAUGCUGUUGAUCUCUCUGGGUAUUGGUGUCUUCUUCGCAAUAAGAGGCGGCAAGAACGAAACUAAGGUACCUAUUAACCUACAUAGCUUUACAGAGAGACUUUUACCAACUACUAUCAGUCUAGUGAAUGCCGAAUAUCUUGUUGGAAGUCGUCGAAUGGGAGCACUGCCAGUGUGCCUGUCUCUGUUUGCCACCUUCCAGUCCGCCAUUUCUCUGCUCGGAGUUCCAGCAGAAGUGUACACAUAUGGAACGAUGAAUCUGUAUUCUACUGUAGCCAUAGUUCUCUCCUACCUGAUAGGUAUAGUAACAAUUAUCCCGCUGAUGCACCCACUGAAGGUUACCAGUGUCAAUGAGUAUCUACAAAUGAGGUUUCAAUCACGUACUGUGCGACUUGUGGGGACAUUAAUAGGAGUCAUUUCAAGCAUUUCGUAUAUGACAGUGGCCCUUUUGUCACCGGCUCUGGCGCUGCAAACCGCUGUUGAUCUUCCUUUGUGGAUGUCCAUUGUUUUGGUAGGCGCAGUCGGCACGGCGUACACUGCAAUCGGAGGUAUUAAAAGUGUCGUUUGGACGGAUGUCUUUCAGACCGUUAUCAUAUUUGGUGGCAUAGUUGUCAUUCUC